AUCAACAGUAAACCGAAAUUUCAUUAAAACAUUUCGAAAUUUCAGUAAAAUGUGCGACAACCAGAACGUGAAGGCGGAUCGCAUGCGAUGCGAGGCGUGUCGGACCAUCAACCUGGCCAAAGAUGCUUAUUACCCCAAACCGACCAUGGAGUUGUAUAACAAGUGUACUCCUGUAAGGAAACCAGACUGCGGACGAAUUUUAGAACUCCCUCUGAACCCCACCUGCAUCAGAGUGUGCCCCAGACAUGAGGUGCUCGCGCGGAUGCAAGGCGAGCUGCCACCCAAGAUGUGCCCCGUACCCUACGGCCAUGGGAAGCUCAUGUAUGCCGUCAAGGUAACGCCACUUUAUUACAUAUAA